AGGAAAACCAAAAAUUUCAAACCCCUCCAAAAUUCCCACCCUUUCCCGCACUCGAAACCAUCCUUUAUAAAUUGUUGGAGCCAAACGUAUGAGAAACAGACCACAAUUUCAAAGCAAUUCCGCAAUCUACACAAGCACUUCAAAUCUUUAGGCGCUCAAAUGGCCCGUACCAAGCAGACUGCUCGUAAGUCCACCGGAGGAAAAGCUCCCCGGAAGCAGCUGGCAACGAAAGCAGCCAGGAAGUCAGCUCCGGCGACAGGAGGAGUGAAGAAGCCCCAUCGUUUUCGCCCAGGAACGGUCGCCCUGAGGGAGAUCCGGAAGUACCAGAAAUCCACAGAGCUUUUGAUCCGAAAGCUUCCAUUCCAGAGACUUGUUCGGGAAAUCGCCCAGGAUUUCAAGACCGAUCUGAGGUUCCAGAGCAGCGCUGUGUCGGCUCUCCAGGAGGCGGCCGAGGCCUACCUAGUUGGACUCUUUGAGGACACAAACCUUUGCGCCAUUCAUGCCAAGAGGGUCACCAUUAUGCCUAAGGAUAUGCAGCUGGCUAGGAGGAUUCGCGGAGAGAGGGCUUAAUCUCGAGAUUUUAUGUCUUUUUUUAAUUUUCAUUUCCGAUUUCUCCUAGUAUUAAUAUCUUCUUGGUUCGCAAGGCCGUGUUAUAGUGUUCAUGUAAAUCUGUGUGGACUUGUCGUUCUGGUUGGGUAAUCAGUCACCAAGUCCCUGUUUAGAAGAACUUCAGUUUAAGUAUGCCCAUGAAAUUUGCUAUUUUUCUAUAUAUGUUUCAACUCCUUAUGGUUCAAUGUGUUUGUUUAAGUAUUCUUGAUGAUGUGAAUUUCCAACUAAUGGUGUCGCAUAUAAAAGUACUGUAGAUCUGUAUUUCUAUAUGUGAUUUUUAAGCCAGCCAUGCCAUCCAGAUGGGCAAUCUGUAUUGUU